CUGGAAUUCGUAUUUCCCGGCAGAAAAAAGCGACCAAGCUCUCCACCGAUUAGCCCCAAGCCUCUGGUCCAACUCUCUAAUGGAGACUCACCCGGUCCCAACAACAAUGAUAAUACCCCAGGAACUACCCGGGACUUUAGAGCAGGGGUUACCCACAAGUCGAUCCCACACCCCAGAACAUAUGCGCCGGGAAGUCAAUUCUAGCCAUGGGCUCCUGAAGCCCAACAAAAUGCCACGGACGUUUUCUGUUAACGAGCAGGCUUUCGUUCCCGCGAACGAACAUCUAAAUCCUAGGUCCAGUGCGCGAUCUCCUCUUAACUCAACCCGUAUCCCCCGAGCGACCAGCCUCCCGUUGGAGACCACCUUUGCCGAACAGAAGGCACUGAACUUCUCGCUAGAGUCACCGAACUCAAUCUUCGAGGCAUGCAGUGCUAAUCACACCUUAUCACCCAUAUGGAUGUCAACACCAAUGUGUCAUAGGGAGUCCGAGGAGGAUCAAGGCUGGGACUCGGAAUCGUCUCUCUCAUCAGUAUACACGGCGUUGGAGGGUGAACCAUUUGAGCUUGCCGUCUAGAAUUAUCGCCCAUAAUUCUCUUAUCUCAUUCAUUUCGUGCAAGCCAUGCAAGUUUCAACGUCUAGUACUAACGAGUGAUGCCUGUAUCCACUAAAGCCUCUUUUCAAACGAUAAAUUGGGUCCCAACCCAGUGGUAACAGUAAAGCCUUUCCCACACCGCACAUCAUCAUG